CCGCGUAGCCUUGGAGAGAUUCGCGAUUUAUGUAAGUGUCUAGGCAAAGGACAGCCAACGUGCAUGCGAAACAGUUGCAAUCCCAUGGUUUCGCUGUUCCACAUUCCAUCUGAGGCCUAGCCCCUUUCAGCCUCUGGGUCGUUGCGGGUGCAUCAUCGCUGCUGCUCCGUGCCCGUGGCUUGGACGUCAAUCUUCCAAGCUUCCCAUCGACAUCGACCACCAGCGCCGCCGCUGCACCAUCUCGCAACCCUCCCUCACCACCGUCGAGCCAGCCCGCCCUCCCACACGCCGCCCACCAUGUCGCAAGUACACGCUCUCUCCGACGACCAGGUCGCCGGCGAGCUCAAGAAGAUGACGGCCUUCAUCCGCCAGGAGGCUAUGGAAAAGGCCAACGAGAUCCGCCUCAAGGCCGACGAGGAGUUCGCAAUUGAGAAGUCCAAGCUCGUGCGCCAAGAGACGUCCUCAAUCGACUCGUCGUACGAGAAGAAGUUCAAGCAGGCUAGCAUGUCCCAGCAGAUCACACGCUCCACUGUCUCCAACAAGAGCAGAUUACGCAUUCUGUCCGCGCGCCAGGAGCUGCUCGAUCGCCUGUUUGAGGAGGCAGGCGAGAAGCUGGGCGAUGUGUCCAAGGAUAAGAAGAAGUACCAGGGCGUCCUGAAGAACCUGAUCCUGGAGGGUGCAUACGCCCUGAACGAGGACAAGCUGCAGGUCAAGGUCAGGAAAGCAGACAGCGAGGUCGCAAAGCAGGCCAUCGAGGAGGCACAGAAGGAGUACAAGAGCAAGAUCAACAAGGACGUUGCCAUCACAAUCGACGAGAGCGACCCGCUGCCGUCUGAGUCCUCUGGCGGUGCUAUUAUCGUUGGUACUGGCGGCCGCAUCGACAUCAACAACACGCUCGAGGAGCGUCUGAGGCUGCUCGAGUCCGACGCCCUGCCCUCCAUCAGGGUCACACUCUUCGGCGAGAACGAGAACAGGAAGUUCAAGGACUAAGCGAGCCAGACUUGGACCGAGUUGAGUUGCGGUGCACAUCACGACACAGAUACAAGCGGAAGACGGGCGACGAUUAGGUCGAGCGCAAUCGGCCUUCCGUGAAGCACACUUUUGCAAGGAAGGUUUCUUCUGACUAGAGGAGCUUGUAGAAUACUGGAAGAUUUAGCGGCUGUCUGUGCAAAUUAUCAUACACUUAUCACCACCCGGCUCCUGCACGGCUGAUCCCUGUGCAUGCCUAGCAACAGUUUUGCCCGCGCUCCAUCGCUGCCUCGGUUCCGCGGAGGUCGCGCCAACAGCCUAGGAGGAAGCUCCCUCGAUUGACGAGCUUCGCCACCUGACUGUAAGAACCCAUGCGCUUUCGCCGCGUCCAAAUCGAAUUUUGCUCCAAGGAACUGACCCGUGUUCGUAUGCCUGUUCUCGAAAGUUCGUCAU